AUGAACAGCCUGCGCUCCGAAUUCUGGACCGGAGGAACAACUGGUACUGGAGGAACCAAUACCGGAACUGGUGCUGGAGGAGGGGCAACUGGUACUGGAGGAGCCAAUACCGGAACUGGUGCUGGAGGAGGGGCAACUGGUGCUGGAGGAGCCGGUGCCGGUGCCACUGGGCGAAAACGUGAAGUCGAGCAUGCACAGGCUAUUGUCGUUACUAAAGCCAACUUCAAUCCGAAAAUGAAUCCAAUCUACAUGAGUGCCGUCGGAUACACGAUUGAGCAGCAUGCGUACGAACGCGGUCUCAUCCACAACCACGACAUGAUUCACGAGGAAGCAAUGAACAUAGGCGGCAAAUUCGCCGUGGUCUUCACCAUUCUUGAUGUGGACUGUGACCAGGUAU